AUGUGGCCAUGUACCACACCAGUAACACUCCUUGAACAGCUGCGUUCCUCCUCCAAGGUGACAUUUGGGAGUCAAGUGAAGGAAAUCUUGACAGCGUAUGCCGUAUCUAUCGUGGCGUUACAGCGUAGUCUUCGAAUGGAAGACGCUCGGCUUAAAAGGAACCAACAACGCGUCCAGGAUGAACAGAAGAAUAUUCCCCAUGUGAACUGGGACCCCAUAGACCAUCCUGAUUGGGUUUUGCUCGAGAUAGAAGCAGAUAUCGCUAUUCGACGAGACCAGGUGGAUGUCGCCUGUGCAACGAUCUCGCCGUCAUCAGGGGCCAAUUCAGUGCUGCAAAUGAAUAUGGGACAAGGUAAAACAUCAUGUAUUAUGCCGAUGGUCGCCGCGGAGCUAGCAGAUACGACCAGGCUCGUAAGGCUUGUCGUCCCGAAGGCGCUUCUCAUUCAAACCGCCCAGUUACUUCAAACCAGACUUGGAGGUUUGGUUGGCCGCGAGAUUAGGCAUGUUCCAUUCUCGCGGAAGACUCCUACCAGCUUAGCGGCGGCUAAAACAUAUCUUGAUAUCCACAAGGAAAUUCGGGAUUCUUCGGGCAUUAUCGUCGCACUUCCUGAGCAUAUCCUUUCUUUAAAAUUGAGCGGACUACAAAGAUUAUCAGAUUCUCGUAUUAUCGAGGCAAAAGCCAUGAUUAAAAUUCACAAUUGGAUGCAAAGAACAUGCCGUGACGUACUCGACGAGUGUGACUUUACUCUUGCGACAAGAACCCAACUAAUCUACCCGUCAGGUUCACAAAGCGUUGUGGACGGUCAUCCAAAUCGGUGGGAGACGGCCCAAGAAUUACUUCGAUUAGUGUGUAGUCAUUUAUGGAAUCUACAGCGAGAUUUCCCACAGAGUAUCGAGGUCAUCGACAGGCCAACAACCGGAGGAUUUCCGGUCGUAUUCUUAUUACGGAGGGACGCAGAAGAUGAGCUAACCGCACGUUUGAUCAAGGAUAUCAUGAAAGGCCAGACAUCUCUCUUACCAAUCAAAGACUGCAAAAUGCCAGAUCGCCUGAUCAUCAAGUCUUUCAUAUCUAAUCAAACUGUGCAGCCGGUGAUCGCCGAAACUAUUGGUAGAAUAUUUGGUGACAACUCGGUCGCAAAGCAAAAUGUCUAUCUUCUGAGGGGGUUAUUUGUGCAUCGACUUCUUCUGCUGACCCUGAAGAAACGGUGGAAUGUGCAGUAUGGGCUUCACCCCGACAGAGAUCCAAUUGCCGUUCCAUUUACUGCGAAGGGCGUACCCUCGGAUCAAGCUGAAUGGGGGCAUCCAGAUGUUGCGAUUCUUUUCACGUGUUUGGCUUUUUAUUUUAGUGGCCUUACUCAGGCACAGUUACGGCAAAGCAUCGAACAUCUAGUGAAAUCAGACGACCCAUCGAGUGAGUAUGAUCGCUGGACUCAAUCCUCUAACACUCUGCCGGAUAUUCUUCGCGAAUGGAGCGUCAUUGAAUCUGACGAUGAAGCGCAACUGAUUGAGAUUUGGGAGCAUCUUCGUUAUCAAACCAUCGUUAUUGAUUAUUUUCUGAAUCACUUUGUGUUUCCCAGACACGCGAAGCAGUUCCAAGUCAAACUUCAAGCGUCUGGCUGGGAUAUUCCACUAUUCUCGCCUGGAGCCCAAAGCCCAGCGUUGACAAGCGGUUUUAGCGGCACCAACGACAAUAGAACUUUGCUCCCUUUGAACAUUAAGCAACAGGACCUUCCUAUGCUCUCACAUACCAACGCUGAGGUCUUGACUUACUUGCUGCAGCCGCGUAACCGCAAAUACGUAGUCGCUGCAAAUCCUGUGACUGGGAAAAGACUAUCUGAGAAGCAACUACUUGAAUCGCUGCGGGACGGGGGAAUUAGCAUGUUAAUCGAUUCCGGGGCCCAAAUUUUGGAAAUGGAUAAUUACAGCCUGGCAAAAGAGUGGUUGCAAGUUGCCCAUGAAGCUCCAGCCGUGCUGUAUUUUGAUUCUGAUAAUAAACCUCUCAUUCUCUACCGAAAUGGCUCCCGAACUCCCUUUUUAGCGUCUCCCUUUGCUGAGAAUCUAGGGAAAUGCUUGGUUUAUCUUGACGAGGCCCAUACCAGAGGGACCGAUCUUAAAAUGCCGCGGGAAGCUGUUGGUGCGCUGACACUUGGUUUGGGACAAACUAAAGACCACACAGUACAAGCUGCUAUGAGGUUGCGUCAGCUCGCUACUACACAUUCUGUUGUAUUCUUUGCCCCUCUAGAAGUUCAUCAGAGUAUCCUGGAUCUUCAAGGAAAACAGCAUGAUGACAAACUCGAUUCAAAUGACGUCGUCUGCUGGCUCUUGAAACAAACUUGCUUGGGAAUUGAACAAAUACAACCUCUGUACUAUUCCCAGGGCAUAGACUUCUGCCGUCGUGCGCAAGCAGCCUUGGAUAAUCCUCAGUUUUUGACUAGUCCGGCGCAACAACAGGCAUAUUGCAAUAUCCUUCGACAGGAUGAGAAGCAAACGCUGGAGCAGCUUUAUAAACCAGUCUUAAAGGCUAAGGCUACCAUGCCCAUAACAUCAUAUGUUCCUGAGCUUGCGAGGUUUAUCAAGGAGCUGAAAAGGCGACGGAGAGAUUUCCAAGAUUUUGGAGGAGCAGUGCAUGGGUCAGCAUUACAAGAAGUUGAGCAAGAACGAGAGGUUGCGUUUGAGGUUGAGGCAGUCCGUGAGGUGCAAAGACCCGUCGUAUACACAGCGCUCACAUUCCCAGGGCUUCACCCAGACAUUGCAAGCUUUGCCAUGACUGGUAAGCUUUCCGGUUUCGUUGGCUAUCAGCAGGCAUUUAUUGCCCUCAAAGAUACGGCAUUAGGGAAAAAACACGGAAUCAGUCCACAAGCGGCCUCGUCGAAAUUGUUCGUAUCGAAGGAAUUCAUGAGAACGGUGAAAUUGCCAGCGGGCUGUCGCAAUGAUAACUUCUUGCGCCCUGUGAACUGGUUGAUUUGGAGCUUUGAGUUGGAAGCAGCGGUAAUCAUAAUUCCGGAGGAAGCGGAAUUACUUAUACCCAUGUUCCAGCAAUUUAUGGGGCGUCGUACACAUCUGGUAACUUAUGCAGCACCGAUAACUCGCAAGAUGCUGCAUUUCAACGAUUUGAACUAUUAUGCAUUGCCCGCGCUCCCAAAUGGGUGGAAACCACCAAAGUGGUUAACCAUUCAACUAGGCAUACUAUCAGGACGAGUAUAUUUCGAGUUUGAUGAUUACGAGGAGUUGUGUCAGUACCUUGGCAUUCAUGAAGCAAUUGGGGAUGUUGAUGAUUCUUUGGAAGCCUCCGAUUCACCUACAUCGCCAAUAGUACCCAAUGGGGACCAUGGAGCGGGUUCUCUGGAAAACGACAUCGGUUCCAAAGGGGCUACUAGCUUUACUGGGAAGCCGCUGGCGUUUCUCCAAGACUGGUUAAGUCUAAAGCGCAGGGGCCAGGAAUUCACACAUACACCGAUGGGGUAUGUGUGCCAGGGCAAACCUCUACACAAGGACCAUCCAUUCUUCUCCAAACUCGGCGAUGGCCCACAAACUAAGGCGGGACACGCAUUAGUAAAACCAAGCAUGCCAAAGCAGAAGCCCGUGGAAUCUGAUGACGGCUUUGAUUCAGGGUUGGAGUACGAUGAAAAUGAAAUGUAUUUUGAUACGAACGGGGAUGAGGAAAAUAAUAGUGAAGCCUCAAAUGAUGAAGAUGGCAAUUAG